AUGAUCUCGUUAGAUACUUUUUACUUGGCCUACUACAUCAUUCACAUUCCCAUCACUAUCCUCAUCGACUCAUCCAUCAUUGUCCCCACCAAAUACCUCCUCCCGGUCUCACAGCAUAUCUUAGACUUCCACAUCUCCACCAACCACGACUUCUUGCUUGUUGAAAAGCCCCUCUGGUUCAAGAUUUCCGGGUUAUUGGAAUUGACUUUCCAAUUACCUUUAUUCUUCUACCUAGCAUGGUCACUCUGGAAUAACCGUAAGUCCAUUAACUACUAUGUGUUUUCAAUCAUCUACGGAUUCAAUGCUGCCUUCACUACAUUACUUUGCUUAGCUGCAGUCUACAACGAUGGGCCCGCAUUUGGAUUGACCUCACCUCAAAUCCUCAACUUGAUGGCCGUGUACUCACCUUAUUUGGGGAUACCUUUGUUAAUCCUUGUGGAAUCCACUCUCUCAUUAAAUAGAGAUUUCCGUAAGUAG